AUGGAAGUAAAAGCUGAAAUUAAGGAUGAGUUUGUUGAAGAUGACUUAAAAUAUACAAAAAAUCAGCUAUCCACAUCCCUUAAUCUGGAUGACUUAGGGAAUGAACCAGAAGAUAGCCCAGUUACGACAGUAAAAGCUGAAAUUAGUGAAGAGUUUUCUGAAGUUGACUCAAAAUAUAUAAAGAGGCAAUUAUCUGCAUCUCCCAAUCUGGGAGUCUUGAAGAAUGAACCAGUUGAAUAUAAUUCAGUUAAUGAAUAUGUAUGA